CAACGUCCGGAAGGCCGACCAAUGAGGAGGGGCGACGGUUACGGGAUCGAGCGGUACGCCGGCAUCGAAGUCACUCGAGAGUAUGGCGCAACAGGUUUCGACGGUGGAUCCUCCGAAGAGCAAGGAGGCCGCUCUUCUGGCCCUCAUGGACAGGACCGGGUAUAAUAUAGUUCAAGAGAACGGACAGCGGAAAUUCGGGCCUCCUCCCGACUGGAACGGGCGCCCCCCACCCAAGGGCAGCGAAGUGUUCGUGGGCAAAAUCCCUCGCGACCUGUACGAAGACGAGUUGGUGCCCGUCUUCGAAAAGAUGGGGCGCAUAUACGAAAUUCGUCUGAUGAUGGAUUUCAGCGGAAGCAACCGGGGCUACGGUUUCGUCAUGUACACCGGGCCGGCCGAGGCCAAGAGGGCCGUCAGGGAACUGGACAAUUUCGAGAUUCGCAAGGGUCGCUUCAUCGGGGUGUGCAAGUCGGUAGACAACUGCCGACUGUUCGUGGGCGGAAUCCCCAAAAACAAGACCAAGGAGGAGAUUCUGACGGAGAUGAGGAAGGUGACCGAGGGGGUGGUCGACGUCAUCCUGUACAGCAGCGUGACCGACAAGUCCAAGAACCGCGGAUUCGCCUUCGUGGAGUACGAGAACCACCGAGCCGCCGCCAUGGCCAGGAGGAAGCUCAUCCCCGGCAAGAUCCAGUUAUGGGGCCACGAGAUCGCCGUGGAUUGGGCCGAGCCCGAACCGGAGGUGGACGAGGAAACCAUGUCCAAAGUAAGUCCCUUUCCGCCAAAUUUCUCACUUCCGCGGAUUAACGGCGGCUCUCGGCCGUCCCGAGAUAAUUCCGAGUCUUCCGGCGGUUUUCCGCCUUCCUUCCGGUGGUUGCGCACGUGCGACGACGGGAGGUGUCGGAAAGCCGGCGCGCGCGGGAACGGAGAUUCGCUCUCCUCCCGAAACGAGCCUCGACCUUAUCGGUGGCGCGAGAGAUAA